CCAAUACAUUAGCAAACGUGAGAUUUACUUUCCUUUCUCACUAUAUAUAUAGCAACUAGUUCUGGCUAGACAACGCUUUCUUUUCUGUUUCUAAUCCCUAUUUGUUGGCUUUCCCUCAAGCACAAUAGCAGGACCUCAGGAACAGUUGCUGCUGCUACUGCUAGCUUGAGGGUGUACGACAAUGGCAAACUCCAAAUACAGCGGAGAAUCCCCUUGGUCCUCGUCACUUUUCGACUGCUUCUCUGAUUGUUCACUCUGCUGCCAAACAACCUUCUGCCCUUGUAUUAGUUUUGGCAGGAGUGCAGAGAUUAUAACGAAAGGAUCAUGUUCUUGUGGUACAUACUGUCUUCUUUAUGCAGUAAUACAUCAUUUAAGUGGUUGUCUUCUCUCGAUGUUGUAUGGAUGCCACUAUCGUAGAAAACUCAGGCAUGAAUACGGGUUGGAAUCAUCCCCUUGUCCUGAUCUCUGUGUUCACUGUUUCUGUCACUACUGCGCCUUAUGUCAGGAGUAUCGCGAGCUCAGAAACCAAGGAUUCAACAUGAAACUUGGAUGGAAUGGAAAUGUGGAGAGACAAAACCGUGGCGUAACAAUGGCCCCAGUGGCGGAAGCAGGGAUGAAACGGUGACUUCAACGUUGGCUGUUGUUAGCCAAUUUCUUGUGUUUUGGUUGUUCCCAUUUCCCAAGUGUUGUUUUCGAAUCAGGGAGAUGUUAAUUUGCAUGGUUUAUUCUGGUUUUUUUCCCCUGUAUUUGUAUGUUUGUCAUUCUCGAUCUGUCUUUAUAUGUGGCUUUUCACUCUAAGGAUGAAUAAAAUUUGUGAUGCAUUUGUGGCUUUGGCUGGUUAA